UCACGACCCGUCCGCCAGACCCAUAAUUCCCCGCGCCCAGACAAGAUGGAAGAGAACAGCAGCCGCAGGAGAACAAUGUUUUGGCAGUAAAAACUCAAAGGCACGAUUACGGGGGGAAACUAAACGCUACAGAGUCGGUUGCGGUCAUGUAUUGGAUAUCCCCCUUGUAGUGUAUUGUCUCCCUUCCCUCCAUUCACCCCCCUCUCCUCUCCUCUCUCUGUUUUUCUCUUGAAUGAACGAGCAACCACCUGCUCCAGCAUCACGCCAGCACCACCUGUAACACUCUCACCUCCUCCUCCUCCUCCUCCUCCUCCUCCUCCUCCUCCUCCGCGUUUGCCGCAGCCAUGAGCCUGAUUCAGGACAAGCUCGGUAACGAGUUCCUGCGGGGCGGCAAUGGGGGCAUGGACCCCAACUUUGCCCCCGCCAGCAUGCUGAUGUUCAGCCACCUGCCGCCCGUCACCAGCUUCACCCGGCUGGCGCCGCCGCAGUCCGUCAUGGCCGACCUGCCGCAGGACAUGAUCCUGAAGAAGGAGAGGCCGGACUCGCCUGACCACCUGGGCAUGGGCGCCGGGGGCUUCCUCCACGGCAUGGGCAUCAAGCAGGAGAAGCUGAGCGAGCUCGAUUAUCGCCUGCCGCUCUACGGCAUGCCACCCACCACGACGUCCAGUGGCACCGUGGGCGGGCACCAUAUGAACAACGUGGUGCCUGUGACGGUGGGGCAGGGAAUGGGUGGAGUUGGUGUUGGUGGGAAGGGACCGGGCAGCAUGGACAUGCUGGACAUGUCGCUAGGCAACCACCAGAGCAUGCUCCUGCACGACCCCGGCCUGAGCAACCAGUUCUCCUCCGGCCGAUUGGGUAAGGAGCCCAAGGAGGGUGGAUCGGGACGCCGCAAGAAGGCCAACGGAGAGGGGCACGAGGGCAAGCGCAGGAAACGCGGAGACGCCGCCAAGGCACUGAUGCUGGAUGGGGAGGAUGGGCCUCUGUCCCCCAACUCGAAGCCGCACAUCUGUGAGCACUGCAACGCAGCUUUCCGCAGCUCCUACCACCUGCGCCGACACGUCCUCAUACACACAGGGGAGAGGCCCUUCAGGUGCAGCCAGUGCAACAUGAGCUUCAUCCAGAAGUACCUGCUGCAAAGACACGAGAAGAUACACAGUGGAGAGAAGCCGUUUAGCUGUGACCAGUGCAACAUGCGGUUCAUCCAGAAGUACCACAUGGAGAGACACAAGAGGACUCACAGUGGAGAAAAGCCAUACAAAUGUGAAAACUGCCAACAGUAUUUCUCACGCACCGACCGAUUACUGAAGCACAAGCGCACCUGUGAAGAAGCCAUAAAGAAGGGCCUGGACCCCAGCCUGCUGGAGCUGGGGGAGGACGAGCUGGCCCAGGGCAGCUACCUCCUGACUCAGGGAUCCCCUGCCCCCCCUGCCCCCGCCACCGGGGGCCGCAAGAGGGGCAAGGGCAAAGGAGGCGACGGUGGCGAAGGAGCCCCACGCAGACGCAAGAAAGCCAAUCCCUCGUCCUCGUCUUCGGCGUCUUCCUCCUUACACAUGCCCCGAGGCCUGGGGUUACAAGACUACGGGGCGGCCGAUCACCACCUGGCGUCGGGCUCCGGGGCCGGGGGGCAAGCCGGCGGCGCCUCGUCAGGCGGGGCCCAUAUGGGCCGCACCCCGAAGCUGUUGUUCAAGAAGGGCCGCAACAAGGGGCUGGAUAAGACCCUGCUGGCUCUGGGAGCCGGGGGAGACGGGGCCGGGGGGUCGGGAGCGGGGCUGAAGAUGGCUGGAGGUCAGGGAGGGAACGGGGGAAUGGACGGCCUGGGUCUCAUGCAGGACUCCGCGGGCACCAAGCAGUCGGGCAACAGCAGCAACUACGACGACGCCAUGCAGUUCCUGAAGAAGCGACGCUACCUCCACGCAGCCAACAACAACAACAACAACUCAGGAGGUGGAAGUAACACUAGCGGCAAUGGUGGAAAUCAACCAGGAGACUACGGGCACCUGGCGCCGCCGCCUCCCCAGCAGAACGUCAUCCAGACGGGGCUGCCCGGCGAGCCCACCCUGGCCCUCCUGGACACCUCGCCCUUAAUCAGCGUGGACCUCAAGCACAUGGACAAGUCGGGCAUCCCCGACGAGGUGCUGCAGAGCCUGCUGGACCACUACAGCCACAAGCCCGACGCGCACCACCACCACUCCCACCUGCACUCCCACCACCACCCGCACCAUCACCACCACGACCCCCACCAUCAUCACCACGACGACGUGACCUUCGACCUCUCGGGCAGCCACCACGUGGAGCUGCAGCCGGCCGAAGUGGUGGACGUCGGGGACGAGGACGUGGACACCUCGCCGGGCGGACACAAGACGGUGGUGAUGAGCGAGUACUCCAAGUUCCUGCUGCAGACGCUGGAGCGGACCAGCCACAGCUCGGGCUUCACGCUGGGCCCCGCCGCGCCUUUCCCCAGCCUCCUGACCAGCAGCAGCCCCGGCCCCUCCCCGUCUCCCUCCACCUUCUCCACCUCCGACAAGCACGGCGGUGGCUACGGCGUCUCCACCUCUCCGCUGGACUGCGGCGCCUACUCGCAGCCCGUGGGCUCUCCGCUGGCGCCGGCCUCCUCGUCCUCCUCGUCUUCCUCUGCGGUGGGUGGUGGUGGAUCGGGCGGGUACCACCUCAACAGCCUGGAGCCCACCACUCACCAGCAGCUCACUCCGUCUCAGGAGCUCACGGAGCAGCUGGAGAAGCACCAGCACUCGCCCCCCUUCCAGCUGACCGCCGACGAGCCCCAGAAGGACAGGAAGAACGGUUCCGGAGGAGGCUCGGACGGCGGCUCGGUCGCGGGUUCUAACGGGGGAGCCACCAACGGCAGCGGCAACAACGGGCCUGUUUACCCGGACCUGGCGCCGCUGGAGCCCUCCAAGGACGUGGAACUGCGCUCCACCUACCAGAUCGAGAACUUCGCCCAGGCCUUCGGGCAGUUCAAGGCUGGCCGCGGCACGGAAUUCUCAGGGUACUCCAGUCUGUUGGCAGACGUCGGCGAGCCCACUAGCUCAGGAUCUAAAACUCCCACCAGCCAAAGCUUCAGGUAAACCAGGUGUGUGGAGGAGGGGGGGUGGUGUGGUGGUCCGAGGAGCGAGCUCCAGGCUGGGAUGAGUAUGGAGGGAUGGGAGUGGGAGGCGGGAUGUCCCAGUG